ACGGAGUACGGAGUACGGCGUACGGCACACACACCGGGGUGUCGGUGGACGGUGGAUGGCGGGUGUAUGCCAGGAUAGGAUGCAAGUCCGCAAUCAACGGUACUGCUUUUGGCUACAGUGUACAAUUUUACAAUUUCUUUUUUUGUUGGUAGGUAUCGGAGCAGGCGGAUUGAAUCGGACACGCCACGCUCAGCGCACCUCGAAGGAAUCGCACAGACAGGAGUGCUGUAAUUUCAAUUUGACCGUUUGUGAUUGGAUUCACAGUUUGUUAUUGUGCGCAUUUGCUUGUUCGUUCCGUGUGAGUCCUUUUCUUCCCUUCCCAAAGUACGCAACAUCCCAACAGAAUAGACACUUGACCAGACAGAUCGGGUAAUAACAGCGACAGAACCAACUCAACGCCACACGGGCCAUCGGCUGUAGACGAGCCACUGGAGCUGGGACAAGUCUGAUGUCCGGGCAGCCGACAAUCGGCGCUGGUGCCAAGGCUUGAUUAGAUUGAUUAGAUAGAUCUUAUCAUCAGUCAGUGGCAAGAAGUCUUCUUUGUUUGGUGGAUUUGGGUGUGUUUGCGGUAGACA